CUCAGACUGGGCGAAGAGGCAGAGCUUUAAGCAGCAGACUUCUUUGUGAAGGGGUACUGCUUUAUUUUAUCCCUGUGGUCGGAUCUAAUGGGCAAACUCUUUGUAAAUGCUUUUUAAGAAUCAUCAGUCUUGGAAAUCGCACACUGGCUACUCAGACGGCCCUGGCCUCGAGUCUUAUUUAAAGGGGUUUAACUUCACUGGUGAGCCACCUUGGCUUCUCUGCACCUGAGUACUAGCAACUACAAAUUCCGUCUUCUUUGUAUCCAGCUUCUUGGUAACCAAUCAAAAGGACUCUUUGUGACCAUGAAUACUACCACUGAAUUUGAAUUCUCUUUCCUGGAGGAGGGUUUCUCUGCCCGGGAUGUUGUUGAGCAGAAGAUCAAUGAGUCAUCCAUGUCGGAUGAUCGCGAUGCCUUCUACGUCUGUGACUUGGGGGACAUCUUAAAGAAACAUUUGCGCUGGACAAGGGCCCUGCCCCGCGUCACGCCAUUUUAUGCUGUCAAAUGCAACGACAGCAGGGCUGUUGUUACGACUCUGGCGUCGCUGGGAACUGGCUUUGACUGUGCAAGCAAGACGGAGAUUCAGCUGGUUCAAUCUCUGGGAGUGGAUCCAAACAGAAUCAUCUAUGCCAACCCCUGUAAGCAGGUUUCUCAGAUCAAGUAUGCGUCCGCCCAUGGUGUUCAGAUGAUGACUUUUGAUAGUGAGGUGGAACUCAUGAAAGUGGCACGUUGUCACGACAAUGCCAAGCUUGUGCUGCGUAUUGCUACAGAUGACUCUAAGGCAGUGUGUCGCCUUAGUGUGAAGUUUGGUGCCCCGCUGAAGGCUUGUCGGGGUCUCCUUGAGCGGGCCAAGGAACUAGGGCUGGAUGUAAUUGGUGUUAGCUUCCAUGUUGGCAGUGGCUGCACUGACCCAUUGACCUUCAACCAGGCUAUCGCUGAUGCCCGCUGUGUGUUUGAUAUGGGGGAAGAGCUGGGCUAUAACAUGAACCUGUUGGACAUAGGAGGAGGUUUCCCUGGUUCAGAUGAUGUUGAACUCAAAUUUGAAGAGAUCACAGCAGUCAUCAACCCAUCCCUGGACAAGUACUUCCCUGCCGACAGUAAUGUAAAGAUCAUUGCUGAGCCUGGGCGUUUUUAUGUGGCUUCUGCAUACACACUGGUCGUCAACAUUAUUGCCAAGAAGGUCAUCAUGGAUGAUGAAGCAGCCUCUGAUGAGGAAGAUGAAGGCACCAGUGACAGGACCCUGAUGUACUAUGUCAACGAUGGAGUGUAUGGGUCAUUCAAUUGCAUCUUGUAUGACCAUGCUCAUUGCCUGCCAUCGCUGCAUAAGAAGCCAAAACCAGACGAGGUCAUGUACCCUUGCAGCAUCUGGGGCCCGACAUGUGAUGGACUGGACCGCAUUGUAGAGCAGUGUAACCUUCCAGACAUGCAGGUGGGCGAUUGGCUGGUUUUUGAGACCAUGGGUGCCUACACUGUGGCUGCCUCCUCCACCUUCAAUGGCUUCCAAAGACCUGACAUUCACUAUGUGAUGUCACGCCCCGCCUGGCAAUAUGUCCAGCAGAUUCGUACCCAGGGCAUGCCAGUGCCAGCAGAGGAGUCUUGCCUGCAAGAAGUGCCAGCCUGCUGUGGCAGAGGGAGUGGCUUGGAGAUGCCUACAAAGCCCUGUCAGACCAAUGUAGUUUAAACACAACGCAUUUAUUGAUUAUUCAUGAAAGUUCUUUUUACAUUUCAUGGCCAGUUACUUGACAGGAGAAAGAGAGGGGCAUGCUGCAUACACUUCUGCUUUCUGUAUAGAAGUUGGGGAUCAAUUCUUUAAAAAAAAAAAAAAAAAAAUGAGGCUGAAUCGCACUCCGA